AUAUAAAGUACGGAGAAGAUUGAAAAUUACAAUAACGCACUAGAACACGGAGAGGAGACAAUGGGGCGAUAUUAUUUUCCGGUGGUCAUGCUGGCGUUAUUAAUGGUGGCGGUAAACGGAGGACAAUACGGAAAACCACGCCCACCAAAUCCAGAAGGUAAACAAACAUACUCAAAACCACGCCCACCAAAUCCACAAGCAUAUAACGUCUGCACACUGCCUCUGAGACCUGGUCCGUGUCGGGGAAGUUGUCCACGCUAUUACUUCGACUCCAGGCGAGGAGUAUGCCUCCCAUUCACUUACGGGUGUUGUGGAGGAAACGCCAACAAUUUUCAAAGAAGAGUUCUUUGCCAACGUCUUUGUGAACCGAGAGGUUGUCCUGCUAUAGCCUGUUAUGUGCCUCCCUGUCAGGUUGAGACCUGCCCGAAUGUUCCAGGAGCCGUUUGUCAUCAUGUAUGUCCCUGUCAGUCUGUCUGGCUGUACAAUGGAGAGGACGUUUCUAAGUUUUGUCGUUACGACGGCUGAAAUGGGGCGAACAAUAAACUGGAAAAUGCAUAGAAACCUUCAUAACAAAUAAACAGCCAAACCCUAUUCCAGAGGAUUGGUAUUAAAAACCAUUGUAUUCCAUCUU